UAAUUGUCCUUGACAGGAUACAGUCACUUCUUCAAUGCAGAAGAACAAGCUAAGCCAGUGACUUAUCAGGUGAGCAUGGAAGAAUUUCUGGACCAAAACUGUACGGACCUGCAAAAAUGAUCCAGCUUCCUACUACAGCUAUAACGGCAUAUGGCUACAGCCGCAAUGACAUGUGGAUGCCAUUACCACCUUCGUUUACCGUCUGUCCUCCUGGGUUGGAAUAUUUAUACCAACUUGAUUGGUUAUUAAUCCACCAGAAAUAUGAAGUUCUGGAGCUGAUCACGUCUUUUGAAACAGCCAACAAGUACGAAGUGAGGAACGUGCUUGGGGAAAUGGUGUAUUUUGCCACAGAAAAGAACAACUGGUGCGUGAGGAAUUGCCUCGGGACCUUGCGGCCUUUCACCAUGGUGAUCUCGAACGACGUGGGAGAGCCGGUCAUCCAUCUCGUGAGACCUUUCCGUUGUGACGGCUGCUGUUGCCCGUGCUGCUUGCAAGAAUUGGAAAUCCAGGCCCCACCCGGCUUACCCAUUGGCUACGUCCAGCAGCUGUGGCACCCCUGUCUGCCCAAAUUUGUAGUCAAAAACGAAGCCCACAGAGAUGUCCUGAAAAUCGUUGGACCUUGCAUAACGUCUUCCUGCUUUGGCGAGGUGGUAUUUGAGGUGAUGGCACUAGAUGAACAGACCAGCGUUGGAAGGAUUGCUAAGAAGUGGGGAGGUGUUCUCCAGGAGUUCUUCACGGAUGUGGAUUUCCUUGGAAUUUUGUUCCCUCGAAACCUUGAUGUUAAAAUGAAAGCAGUGAUGCUUGGGGCAGGUUUCCUCCUUGAUUUCAUGUUCUUUGAAGAAGGAGGAGGGGCAGGUGGAGAAUGAUAUAUUGUUUGGUCUUAAAAGCUGACCACCCUUGAAUUAUAAAACCUUUAGAGAAAG